UUGACACUCACCUGCGCUGGUUUUGAUAUUAAGAAGUUGGCCUUGAGGUUCACAUGAUUGCGAUCGUAUGUUACGCCACGUCAAUUCGCAUUGUAAAUCUCUCAGAGUGUAAGUUACGUGGUCUAAGUAGUAUCUGUCCUUAUGAAAACUGUGACUCAAUUAAACACGAUUUGACUAUUCAAGAAAUACAGAACCCACGCUCCAUCCAUACAUAUCGGAUAGUGAAAAAUGUUUUCCCUUUAAACUUGCUGGAAUUUCAGUAUUUGUACGAUGCUUCGAUGGACCAGGUUUUUGCUGCUUGUUUACUUCGCUACCUCAGGCAUCUCAAAACCGUACCGGCUAUAUUCCUUCCAUGUCAGUAUGAACGAACAUUAUGUGAUAACCCAAUGUGGAAAGUCGUUAUAAGUCGUCUGGUAAAAGCAAUUGUAAUCGAAGAAUCCAUGGCAUGGCUUUCUACACUUGGCGGUGGAUAUUCUUCACUUGGAGAUCACAGUGAUUAUGCGGCGAGUUUGGCUGGGACGGUCUCACUCUUUCAAAUGAGCCUUGCGUUAGAAAUUAACUCGCCUGUACUCCUAGCUAAGUCCCAACUAUGGUUUGCCCAAAGUUUAAUGCAGAGAGGAUACUUGAAAAAUUCUGCUAUAAUAUUGAGACGAAUAUACAUAAUGUGGAAACCUCUUAUGAGACCUGACCUUUCAUCUGAUAUGCGCAUAGAUUACAUGGCUCUUGGUUUGUGGGCACGUUUACGUCACUUAUGGAAAACAAAACACAAAAUGAAGUCGAGUUUAUCCAUUUCAUUAUCAGUGGAUAAUAAUUUACUUUCUCUGUAUCCACAUGUUAAUAUGUUAGUCAGUCGGCUUUAAAUAUAAAGAUUUAUAUACUUUCAGAAUAUUUGUAUAACUACUUAUUUAACUUUCAGAUAUUUCCCGUUUUUACACAGUCUCAUCAAAUACUAUUCAUGAAUUAUAUUGGUAUGUUUUUUAUCUUAUCGAGUUAGUCACUUAGUUUAUCUUGUUCACAUCAAUUCAUUUGUCAACAAGUUUGUUGUGUCUUUAUCAUGAUACACCAUACUUAUUAGUAAUUUUAUGAUUAUUAUUUGUGGUUUAAUUUAUAUUCCGUGUUCCUACUGAAUACCGAUGUUGAAACUUAAACUCAUCGUUAUAAAGUCUUGGGGAGUCUAAACAAAGUUGUUUAUUGUUGCAUUAUUCCUUACUCAUUGAGUUGUUUUCUCAGGAAUAAAAUUGACCGACUUAUAGAUGUCUUCUUAUACUGACAGUACUAUUUGUGAAUUUAUGAACGUUAGUUAUUUUUCAUCACUACCUUGUAAGCAUAGCAUUGAUCUUGCACAAUGAUAUCAGGGUAUGUAAUUAUUUUCUAUAAAAAUAACUGUGGUUUUCGAAUUGAAUAGAGUAUGUACCUCUAUGUAUAGUGGUUAUGUAAAAUUUACUUCGCUUGAAGUUUACUGAGAACCUUAAUGGCUCAGUUUGUACUUUAGCCUUCAUAGUUCACAUUAUCACAAUUCCGCG